ACCCAGAAAUGAAAUAUGUACAACCUCAACCACGUGGUUUGGAAAGUUUGAAGUGGAUUUUGUUGUUUGAGUGCGAACAGUAAAUAUUUAAUUUUAUUAUAGAACUCCAUGCGUUGAAGAGUGUGCAUAGAAGUGUUUUAUACGCGGAAAGUGUUGAUUUGCUUAUGUUUUUAUUUAUUAUGGAAAUAAGAUUAUUUUCGGUUUCUUGAUAAAAGUGAAUAAGGAUUUCACCAUGCCCAAAGAGAAGAAGGAGAGGAAGACAUCGGUGCACAAGGAUGUCUGUAAACAGGGGAUACGUUUCAACAAGACCUUCGGUCAGCACAUCCUGAAGAAUCCCAUGGUGAUAACCAGUAUGGUUGAGAAGGCGGCUUUGCUUCCGACAGACACAGUUUUAGAAAUCGGACCUGGUACGGGAAAUUUGACCAUUAAACUUCUUGAGAGAGUGAAGAAGGUAGUCGCAUGCGAGAUAGACACCAGGCUUGUCGGUGAACUGCAGAAAAGAGUAUGCGGUACGCCAUAUCAGGCCAAACUUGAAAUCAAGAUCGGCGAUGUGCUUAAAUCAAAUUUGCCUUUUUUCAACACCUGCGUCGCCAACAUACCUUAUCAGAUAUCAUCACCUUUGGUGUUUAAACUGUUACUCCAUAGACCUUUCUUCCGUUGUGCUGUACUCAUGUUUCAGAGGGAAUUUGCUCAUCGUUUAGUCGCAAAACCCGGCGACAAGCUUUACUGCAGGCUAUCCGUGAACACACAGCUCCUCGCCAGGGUUGAUCUCCUGAUGAAAGUCAGUAAAAACAAUUUCAGACCUCCGCCCAAAGUCGAGUCCAAUGUCGUUAGAAUCGAGCCUCGUAAUCCACCGCCGAGCAUAAAUUUCAAAGAGUGGGAUGGCCUGACAAGGAUAGCUUUUGUGAGGAAAAACAGGACCUUGGCUUCCGCUUUCCACCAGGCGACUGUGGUGGCCCUCUUGGAGAAAAACUACAGGAUCCACGCAUCGAUAAACAAUAUCCCCGUUCCUGAUGAUUUCGAUGUCAAACUUAAAAUAAAUGAAGCUUUAACAAAUUGCAAUGCGCUUGAACUAAGGGCUAAGAACAUGGACGUUGAUGAUUUUAUUAAAGUUCUUCAUUCUUUUAAUAGUUUAGGGUUUCAUUUUUCAUAAGCUACCUUUAUAUUGACUGUACAUACUAUUUUUAUA